UCAAAAAUACCUACGAUCAAGUUCGUGAGAAAACCUUUUAACAAAUUUAACUCACUUAUCCAACAUGUUUUACUACCCAGUUGUUUUAAAGCGAGGCACUGGAUGUUUUUCGACGAUUUGGCUGGUGGCGACUCGUGGCGUCACCGUUACUCGUCGCGAAUUGCUACAAGUCAAUGUUCCGCGCACCUGUGACGACAUCAUGAGUUACAUCCUGGAGCAGGUCCAGCCUCCUCAGCCCGACAUGCCGCGGCCUCGCUUCUCCCUCUACUUGUCCUCCCAGCUGCAGUACGGCGUGGUGGUGGUCUACCAUCGCCAGUGUGCCAUGUUUCUGAAGGAGCUCCAGUCCCUUAUUGGCAAGCUGUUGAAGUAUAGCAGACCCAAGAAGUUGGACAUGGAGGACUCGGGCAGAAAAAUGAUGCUUUGCACGGACCCUCUGUCUCUCCUGGAUGAGAUCGAUGGGCCGCUGGACCCACUAUUUGGAGAGAUGGGAAAGUUAAUGCCAAGUCCCAGCACUUUGAUGCAGAUGGAGGAAACCCCCGAGCGACGAGCCUCUUCUACAGAGCUUGAACCCUCCCCGGCCCGUUCGCCUUCACCGAUGAGCAGACACACCGUGUCUCCACAAAGCAUCACCAUCCAAGAACCCGCUGUCAUAGUUUUCCCCGAGUUUUUUGGCCAAGAGCUGGACGACAACGUUGACCUUAUAAUUGAAGCUCUGCAGGCCCAGCCUGGCGACUUCCUGACCGCGACAGAAGAUGCGGCAGAAGUGGAGCGAGCGAGGGAGCCGACGCUUGGGAGUGAGGCCACAGGGACCGCCCUCACAGUGGAUCCCAUGACGGCAUCCGGCCAGGACCUCAUCUUGCCUACCCGGGAUGGAUCCCCGGGGAUGCCUCAACACCUCGCUGAUCAAAUGACCCCCGUUGCUCCCCCCCCGCCAUCCUCGUCAUCUCCGAUGGCUGCGGUGCUGGGUCCAGACAUGAAGGGUGCGCCCCACCCAGAGGAGACACAGCCGAAGAAGAAGAGGAAGAGGGGGAGGCAACUGAUCUUCUUGGACCCGCAGACGCAGAUUCCCCGUGAGGAGCUGGAGCAGCAGAUCAAGGACGACUUGAUUGGAACCAGGGCGCAGCCGCUCCUCCCGCCAGAGUCGCACAGGCUGAAAACUGCUCAGGAGCUGCUCAGCCAGCCCUGUGGCUUUUUACCUGAAGAGUUACAGUUGCUAUGGACACAGGCCGCCACCAUCACGCCUCUCGCCAGCACCGAGCUGUGGCCCGCCGGCGAAGGCGCGGCCACCAGUAGUUCUGAGGAAGGGCGUGCGAUCGGGCCCGACGGCAGCGGCGCCGAGGUGCCGAGAGAUGGAACAGAACCCGAAGCGCCCGUGAUGUCAGGUGUUAGUUCACUUCCACUGGAGGGGUCCGACCGGCAGGAAACCCCCAAACACAUCUCCCCAAUCUACCCACUCGAGCAAGAAAGCGUGUCCCAAGAUGGCGCCGCACUGCAGGGGAUCCCCGAAUUACCAGAAGACAGGCCGUUGUCGAGCGAGCUGGAAGAUAAAGCUCUGCUUUUCCAUUCUCUCCUUCCGCCAGAGCCCGACCGCAAGACUGUCGGCAACGUUUUCCAGAAGCUCCUUGAUAUUUUGGCGACUGGUAAGUUGCGUGCAGAGCAGGUCGAACCGUACGGGGACAUCGUGAUCCUACCUGGUCCCAAGUACGACAAGGAGCUUCUGCCUUAGUGAAGCACCCCCCGACCCCUUUCUUCAAUCUGUUCAUUGUUCAUCGUAUCCGUUGUACAUUUUUACACAUUCUGACUUUCGGAAAUACUAGUUUAAAAGUCCCAAAAGAAAUUUCGAAAUUGUAACACCAUGUAGUUUGUUCGACAUUUUUACGUCUUCAGAUUUUAUUCAUGCUUGUUUCAAGGCAAAACAUUUUUCUACAUUGUAUCAAAUGUAAUUGUUGUAAGUUUUUACAUCUUGAAAGCGACCUGAUGUUUGUUAAUUGUUGUAAACGGCAAUGAGUUAAAAAAAAAAAGGAACUGCUGUUGUUUUUACGAUAGUCGCAGCAGGCUGAUUGUAACAAUCUUGACAGGUGUUUUUACAUGCCACACAGUUUGCCCACUUUUUUUUAAAAAAAGUGUAAGAAAUUCACUGUUGACUUGACAUUCCCCCCCAAUAAAGUUCAAUCCAAUGU